UCCCUGCAUGGCAUUUCCAGGGCUGGGAGCUGGGGCUGGAAGUAUUCUGCCAGUUCAGACAGUGUUGGCUGCUGAUCCCAGAAGCCAAUCCGGGUCUCCUUUAGAACUCUUCUGGGGAUCAAGCUCGCCGUGGUUUAGCUCUUGCAACUUGUGUACACUUACAACAAAGGCAGACUUGGUUCCACGAGUUUUGGUAAUACCUAAAGACAUGAACAACGUGGAGGAAGGGGUGGAGUUCCUCCCGGCCAUGAACUCCAAGAAGAUGGAGAAGCGUGGCCCAAAGCGACGUGUGGUCGUUGCCAUCAUGAUCGUUGCUUUUCUGCUCAUCUCCCUCAUCAUCGGCCUCCUGGUUUGGCACUUCAAAUAUAGGAAAGCGCCCGUCCAGAAGGUUUUCAACGGCCACCUGCGGGUUCUGAACUGGGAUUUCAUUGAUGCCUACGAGAACUCCAGCUCACCAGAGUUCACCAUGCUGGCCAAGAAGGUGAAGAGCACGGUGGAGGAGAUCUACAGGAGUCAUCCAGAUAUUGGCCCAUACCACAAGGAGACAGUAGUAACUGCGUUCAGCGAAGGCAGCGUCAUUGCCUACUACUGGUCAGAGUUUAGUGUCCCCAAGUACCGCGAGAAGGAUCUUGACAGGGCCAUGGCGGACAAGCAGAGCCUGAUCCAGAAGCUGAACCCGCGGCUGCGAAACCCCGUGCUGAAGGUGGAGUCGAUUGUCGCUUUCCCUGCUGACCCCAGCAUUGCUCAGUCUUCUCGGGACAAUAGCUGCCUUUUUGCCCUCCACGCCAAGGAAGGGGAGAUCACCAGUUUCACCACGCCGGGGUUCCCCAACAGCCCGUACCCCAACAACGCACGCUGCUACUGGACGCUGAGGGCGGACGCCAACUCUGUCAUCAGCCUGACCUUCAGGACGCUGGAACUGGAGCAGUGCACAGACGAUGGUGACUACAUCAAGGUGUACAACUCUCUGAGCCCCGUGGAGCCCCACGCUUUGGUGAGGCUGUGUGGGAAUUAUGCUCCUUCCUACAACCUGACCUUCCUGUCCUCCCAGAAUGUUAUGCUCGUCACGUUGAUUACCAACAAGGAGGGGAGAUUCCCUGGCUUUAAGGCUGAGUUCUUCCAGCUCCCAAAGACGAAAGUCUGCGGUGGGACCCUGAAAGGAGAGAGCGGCACCUUCACUACUCCCUUUUACCCAGCACACUACCCCCCAGCCUUGGACUGCGUCUGGAACAUCGAGGUUCCCUCUAAAAAGAACGUGAAGGUGCGUUUCAACAUGUUCUUUGUGUUGGAGCCGGGGAUCCCAGUCAGCUCCUGCCCCAAGGACUAUGUUCAGAUCAACAACACGAGGUACUGUGGGGAGCGUUCCCAGUUUGUGGUGGCCAGUACCACCAACAAAAUCGAGGUCCGGUUCCACUCAGACCUGUCGUACACAGACACUGGUUUCUCUGCUGAGUACCUGUCCUACGACUCCAGUGACCCCUGCCCUGGCAAGUUUGCCUGCAACACGGGCCGCUGCAUUGAGAAAAGCAUGCGCUGCGACGGGUGGAUAGACUGCGUAGAUGGCAGCGACGAGAGGUCCUGCGUCUGUACCGAGCAGCAGUUCAGGUGCCAGAACGGCUGGUGCAAGCCCAAGUUCUGGGUCUGUGACAACGUGAACGACUGCGGCGAUGACAGCGACGAGCUGCAGUGCAAUUGUGGAAACAGCAGCUUCAAGUGCAACAGCGGGAAAUGCAUCCCCAACACGCAGAAGUGCGAUGGCAAGGACGACUGUGGAGAUGGGAGUGAUGAAGGCAGCUGUAACAGAGGUACAACAGUCACCUGCAAGGAAUACACGUACAAGUGCCGCAGCGGACUCUGCAUCACCAAACAGAACCCAGAAUGUGAUGGCGAGAAGGACUGCGAGGACAAUUCUGAUGAGGACAACUGCAACUGCGGGAUCCGCUCCUUUACUAGGAAGUCACGGAUCGUCGGCGGGCAGAACUCGGACAUGGGAGAGUGGCCGUGGCAGGUCAGCCUCCACGUCACAGGCCAGGGCCACGUCUGUGGGGCCUCGCUCGUCUCAGAGACCUGGCUGGUGUCUGCAGCACACUGCUUCCUGGAACUGCAGGAUGCCAGCCAGUGGACAGCCUACCUGGGCCUGACUGACCAGGGCAACCGCAACGACGCCAACGUGCAAACGAGGAAAAUCAAGCGCAUCAUCUCCCACCCCUACUUCAACGACUACACCUAUGACUAUGAUAUUGCUGUGAUGGAGCUGCAGAGUCCUGUCACCUUCUCCUCUGUCGUCCAGCCCAUCUGCCUGCCUGAUUCCACCCACCAAUUCCCUGUGGGCAAAGACCUGUGGGUGACUGGAUGGGGAGCAACUGUGGAAGGAGGCAGUGGAGCCAGCAUCUUGCAGAAAGCAGAGAUCCGGGUGAUCAACCAGACCAUCUGCAACCAGCUGCUGUCCGGCCAGCUGACGCCACGCAUGAUGUGUGUGGGGAUCCUGACGGGAGGUGUGGAUGCGUGCCAGGGAGACUCUGGAGGGCCACUGAUCAGCGUGGAAGCCAACAGUCGGAUGUUCCUGGCGGGCGUCGUGAGCUGGGGCGAUGGCUGUGCACAGAAGGAGAAGCCUGGCGUCUACAGCCGGGUCACCGCGCUGCGAGGGUGGAUCAAACAGCACACGGGCCUUUAGGGACACGCUCAGCCCUCCGUGGACACAAAUGCCUCUUGUACACCGCCGGCUGGGCACUGACCCAGCCGCGACCAGCGGCCCCGUGGCAUUGUCCUCCCUGCACGUGGCGGCGGUGAGCAGAGAGCUGCCUCGACUGUGAACUUCAACCCUCCCUCUACCUCGCUGCGAGUGAGUGCCUGGGACGCCCAGCCUUGGACUGUUGUCCAUAUUUAAAGCGUGUGUGUACCGAGCAGCCAGAGCUGCUGUAGUUUAGGCCUUAGUACUUCUACCCUGAACCCAAAUCUCAGUUUAGAAAUCAAUGCCUAGGUAUAAGAAAUUUCCCUUUGUGGGCAAGCUUGUGCAGCUCCCAUAAAGAACUUGAAUGAACAGCCAUUCAAAUACAUACAAAACUAAACUAAAAGACAAAAAUAUUAAAGAUUUUUUUAAAAACUGUUUUUAGAGGCAAACUUUACUGUGACAGGUUCAAAACCAAGCUUUCAGAAUAUAUUCCAUCUCUUUCGCUUGUUUUUGAACUGCCAUUUGCACCGCUUUGUCUGGUCUUCAGUGAUGGAGGGUGGGGGGAAGAAGUUCUCACCGGGGUUCAGCCCUUUGGAUCCCACCACUGGCACGGUCCCAGGCCGUGGUUUCCUGCCGUCCUUUGCCUGACUUAGCUUCUGUCCUCCUCUGCGUCCGAGGCCUUGUGAGGAUCCAAGGGCUGCAGCACUGAAGGAGAGCAGUAAGGCUGAAACAUGCUGCCACUCACCUCGAAGGAAACCAUGCUGGGGUCUGCCAGCACGUCCUGGGUGCCAGUGUCUGCAUUGAGGGCUGGGCAGGGUGGCCUUACCCAUGUGCCUUAACACGAUGCUCGGGGUUAGCUGGCAGCUUCAGCUGCUUGGUCCCACAGGGCAGCCCUGCACUCAGGUAGCUGUGGUGGACAGGACCACCACACAGUGACUUCCUCGCUGAAGGCAGCCUCCAGGGACAAGCUGGCGAAGGAGCUGAAGGGCUUGACUGAACGUGUUCCUGCAGCUUGUCCCUGCAAUGACAAUGUGGGUUGGCUCUGCCAGCUCCAAGGCUGACAGACACCAGACUCCUCCACUCUUUUUACUUUUGUAAGGAAAAUACAACAAUGUGACUUCUGAAUGUGCUGAUUUGAUUUCUUUUUUUCUGUGUAGCCAGGUCCUUGCCCUAGAAGAGCAUACUCCCAUCGAGAUUAGUCAGACCUGUAAAUAUAUCGUUUUGUAAAACUCUAUGAAGUGGAGAUGCUCUAAUAAACUGCGAUAUUUUCUAA